AUGGAGGAUGAUAUAAACAAUAAGAUAUAUGGCUUAGUUGAAAGUAUCCUCGGUAAGUUAAUCGAAUGUGGUGAAGUGAUUGAUAAAUUGUCAACUUCGAGUAAAAACUUGGUACCUGCUACAGAGUCUUCCAAAUUUAUCCAAGAUUUCGAAUCGUGGAGAAAAGAUUUUGACCAAAGGAGUGGGCCCAAUGCUGACUUUGAUGAAGGAGAAAUAGUGAACAAGAUGAUAGAUCGCCUUGAAAGUCAAAGAAUUGAAUUAGUUGUAUCAAUCCAACAAGAAGACUUCUUGAGGGAUAAGCUCUUGGAACUUAUCAAUCAUAACUCUGAAAUGAUUUUGAGUGUCAAAGAGUACUUAGAGAAUAAAUCAAAUUUGAUCAAGGAAGACUACUUCACCAUAAAUGAGAGAUUAAAGGUUUAUCUCAAUAGGAUAAAAUUGAACCUCGUUAAUCUCGAAUUCAACAACUACGAAAUGAAUAAAAAUAUGAAGAAGAUUCAACAGUUGAUACGAGAUAUAGAGAUGAGAGACAUCAAAGACAUCGACUUUUUGAUCAAAUGGUUCAAUGGAAACUGUACAGGUUCGAACCUGGAAUUUUAA